AUGUGGCCCCUUCUUCCCACGCUGACCGUCUUGUAAGUAACUUUUAUCGCUUUAUCACGCCCAAAUCUUAAUCUUUGUUCAGGUUUUUAAACUCAUGACCGACCCUUUAGCUACUUACGAGGAUGAUGGAGAGGAAGGUUGCAGUGUCUAACGAUUACAUCACUCCUCAUCAGUCCCCAUAGAAAACAUGCCAUGGAAGGCCCUGUUUUGAUUGGCUGACAGUUCAGGGUCACUGGGUCAGAGUCAGGGCCCUGUUACUCAUAAAACCUGCCAUAAACAUCUCCAUCACCAUCUGCACUUACUUCAGGGAUGGCCAGGCUGGCUUAGAAAAGGCCAUUUUUCCCAUCGCAAAGAAAAAGCUUUUUUUCCCCCUUCCUAUUGAAAAUAAUUCAGGAGUCAAGUCAAAUAACACCGGCUUUAUCUAGCUGGAUAGGAAAAUGAUAAAGUGCCAAGAACAAAUCUAGGGGGGAGGAUACAGACUCAGGGGGCUUGAGUUUGCCCAUUCAAGGUGUGUCUUGUUAAAAGCCAGGGGAUUUAUUUUUCUUUCUUUGUGUCGGCUGUACUUCUCCCAGAUGGCAGUCAUCUCCAGAUACUUCUCAUUCCUCACACAACCUGGACAGGGUGUGUGCUGCUGCUGCUGGUGUCUGCCUGACUCUCUCUCUCUCUCUCUCUCUCUCUCUCUCUCUCUCUCUCUCGCUCUUCUGCUCUUACCCACCUAACUGCCUACAUCUGUCUCACUGUCUUGCCUUUACCUCAUUUUUCCACAGAUAUCUGCUCAGAUAAAAAGUAUGAAUUGAUAACUGAUGAAUGAUGGCGCCCCUGGCAGAGUUUGAGGAGGAGCAGGCUCACUGUUUAGUCUGCUGGUUUUAGUUUAGCUCUUUCAGAGCCAAUCAGCUCUCUGUUCAUUUCCUUCAUGCCCAUCACUUAUAUUACAGUAACACGACUUUCUCCUCGCCGUUUUUACACCGAACGCAGCGAGAGUCUUCGAAGAAAGGCCAACAACCUGUUACUGCUUCUCUUAAAGCCGCAGCUUUGCGCAGAGGCCUUCAGCUUCCUUAAGUCUCGUCCCACUAAAGGCCUCAUUCCUGCUGAUACCACUCACACACCCACAAGCUUAACCACUAUUCUUCACUGAAGCCCACUGCUGAACAUCUGAAACUGUUGCGCCGUGCCGAAGCCCACUGCUUCAAUGUUGGCCUACCACUCUAACCACUGCUACACACAGCUGAAACCACUGCUCUGUGUUGAGUCCCACCAGGCCGACCGCCCUCACUCCAUGCUGCUGCCCAGUCCUCGCUGCUGAGGCCUGCUUGUCUAACCGCAGCCUCCAUAUGGUGGAUCUGCUGGGACGCAGGUUUAUGAUGUCAGACCCUUGCUUGUUUUGGCGGCCCGCCAAGGCGCACUGGGCUUUCCCUCUCUCCGUACCUCCUUCUGUCUUUACUCUCCAGGACUUUUACUCCGCCGCUCUCUUAUUCUCUCGUUUUCUCAUCCCUCCCCCACCUCUGGCUGCUCCUGUCUCCCUCUUUCCCCUCUCCUUCUCUUUCUUUCUGUGGCUGGCAUAAUACGGAGUGUCUGUGGUUUUUGUGGGAGUGGGAGAAUCCAGUGCCGAGGCACUUUUCUGCAGUGUCCUCGGCGGCUUUGCAGCUGCGGUGUUUUAACAGCUGAGAGUCCUCACAAUGCACAGGCGCUCAGGUUUUUUCGGCUGCGCAGGCAAAAUGAGAGGGCCAACACUCAGCUGCGUUGCCCGGGGUGUCUGCAUCCAUUAGAGCGACUCAGGGGCCAACACAUCAGGGAUGGGAGGAGAAACAGGGGGAAGGUGGUACAUUGUGUGUGUGUGUUUGUCAGGAUGCAGAGACAUGUGUUUGGAUGUGCAUGAGCUGAACCCCUUUCCUCUUUCAUUCUUCUUGUUUAUCUUUUUGUCUACUUCUCACGCCAGACCACACUCUGUGGUUACACUACUGUCUCUCAUUUUGCCACUUUUUCCCCUCCUGCUCUGAGAUGUUUGAGAUGUUGACCUUCUCACAUCUGUGCAUCUGCCCAUUCUCUCUGAUUUUAUCUUUCAGCUCUUUUCUUCUCCGUCAGCCUCCUCUUUCUUCGUUUCCCCCUCUAUUUAUUCUGACAUCACCUUCAUCUGUCCUGCUUUCUCUCCUCCCUUUGUGUACCUCUCAGGCCAACUCUUUCUCCUCCCCGCUAUCUUUCCCUCUCUCAGCAGCGUGUAUGUCUUUGCUUUGACCCAGCUGUCAGCUGCCUGCGCCUCCUGUAUACAUAUGCACACCCAACACACAUCUGCACAUCUGUGUGCAUGCCCAUGACAGUGUGGAGGAGUCGCCCCGUUAACCCCAAACAUAAAGGAAGCUGGGAGGCAGGGAACGAUAGGAGAAAGGUAAAGUGGACAGAGAGAUAAGAUAGAGGAGAGAAAGGGAGGACAACAAGUCUUAGAAAGAGAGUAGAGCGGUAGAGAGAGAGAGAGAGAGAGAGAGAGGAGGCAUGCAGAGAGAUAGCGAAAGAUGAGGUGGGGAAAGACAAAAUUCAUAGAAUAGCUCUUCAGCCCACACACUUGGUCCUGAACUUCAUCAAGUCUUCAGCCACUAAUUCAGAGGAGUUCAAGGACUGCCAGAGGAGACUUUGCGCAACAUGGUCACUCCCUAACUAAAGCUGUAAAUAACAUGUGAUGUAUCCAAGGUCAAGGUCCACGCUUCGAUGAAGUGAUGUGAAGAGUGAGAGGCAUUUAAAUUGUAAUUAUAAGCAGCUGUUUGAAUCAUAAAUGUGUCCGUAUAGUCUGAAGGUGAAAUCAGGUAUAUUUCAUGAAAGGUGUAUUUUCACAUGGAUCAUAAACAUUCAUUCCUCCACACUUCAUCAGCGGCUUUACUUUACGCUAAUUGAUUCCUCCGUAAGUCAUCCGUUCUCAAGUUUUGGUAGCUCAUGUUCUCACGUAUACAUAGCUUAUAGCUCUAAAUGUGACCACAGCCCGCCACUCUCCAAAGCCACAUCAGAGCAGACUGUACACCUGUAGUCCAGUCCAGCUGUCUACAUACGCAGGGCAGCCAAAUAAGCCAGCCUUUCCUUCAGAUGUCCAAACCAAAACAUGUUCUAGUUGUCUCGGCAUGUUUGCCAUUCUGCCGUGGUCCAAUCGGGUCAUUUGGAGGCCAGAUUUUGGCGUGGUGAAAGUCAAGAACGGGUCAGAAAGUGGGUUUGGACAGAAGGUUGGUAGCGUAAUGAUAAACACAGCUCUGGGUGUUGUCUGUCUCCCUGGACAUCUGUCCGUGUGUGUGUGUGUGUCAGCUGGCUAUGCCAGCCACACACCCAGCAGUGUGAGUAAUUACCCAAUGAGGAAAAGAGAUGUUGAGGAGACGAGCGGCAGAGAAGAAAGAGUGGAAAUGAUGGUGUCACACAUCACUCUUCCAACUUUCAGUGUUGCUUACAUAUUUCUAAGCUCAUCUGUUUCUACUUUUCCCAGAUGUAUCCAGAUGUUACUGGUGAUGUGCAAUCCAUUACAGGUAAGAGUCGGCUCACAUGACGGACGGGGUGAGAGGGAAUGGAAUAAGACAUCAUGACAAGUUGUUUAUUAGUAGAAAUACAGCUUUUUGAACCUGUUUAUGACUCUCUGUAUCCGCAUGUGUGUGCCAACUAUGGGUGUGUGUAAAUUGCAGCAGGUCCUUGGUGUGGAUGGGGUCAACUUCAGUGUGCAUGUGGAGAACCAGACGCAGGUGCGAGACACUAUGAGUCGGCGACACCACCGAGUCUACCAGCUGUACAGCCGCACCAGCGGAAAACACGUCCAGGUCCUAGGACGCAGAAUCAGUGCUCGAGGAGAAGAUGGAGACAAAUAUGGUAAGAAGAAACACACACACACACACACACACACACACACACACACACACACACACACACACACACACACACACACACACACUAACAGCUGCAAGUACAAAGACUUGAAGGUUGACCAAGUGCAUGCAUGAAUGGAUACAGAAUGCAACUGUGCAGUCAUACUCACAAAAGCACACACACACAUGCCUCCCCAGGCUAUGGCAGAGGGGCAGUGAAGCUUGUCUUGGGAGUACAAAGACCUCAUCGACUGGCUGCUGACUCAAUGAUUCACAAGAGAGCAAAAGAAAGAGAGCGAGGGAGAAGGUGUUAGUGAAAAAAAGUGUGAGAAGCCUGGCAGGUAGAGUGUCGGACCGAGCUUUAGAAACUCAUCUCCUUCAUCGAUCCCUCCAUUGAUUUCUCAUCCUCCCUGUUGUCUCCUCUGGAUUUAAAACAGCAGGCUUCCUCUCUCCCUCUCACCCUCCCUCUGUCCAUCCCCCACUGCCCCCCCUCCCAGCUUCAUUUGUGAUGAUGUCUAACCUAUUCUUAAACCACAAACAGAAUCAAUGGGCAGAAGAAAGACAAACCGUAAAACUGGAGUUCAGAUCUCCCUGUGUGCUCCGGCAGUGGCACAUCUUGCACUUCCCUUCCAUUCACAAACAUCAGGUUGCUAAGAUGCCACUUUAAGCCAAAAAUGGGACCAGUGAGGCAAAAGCCUGUCUGUUAAUUGACAAAUACAACUCCUCUGUGACCAACUAUGGGCAAUGAAGUAUUAAAAGGAGGAACCGGGAGCAAAGAGAGGGAAGAAAUCAAGCACAGAAAAAAGGGUUGGGUGCAUGAAGGUAUAAACAUAAAGGAAAGAGCAGACGGGAGACGAGGUGAGAGUAGGGGAAGGAGAGGAAGAGGGUAAGAGGGAGGGAGGUAUUGAUUUCUCUUGACCCCUUUGUUGACUAAGGUCAUGUAGGAACCAUUUUAAGGAUUUAUUUUUAAACAGGCACAAGCGCUCUCUGAAGAUGUGUAGACGGUGAAUCGGUAUUGCCUGGAAGGAUGUACACACAUGUACCUGACGCACACACAUGCACAAAACAACAGUAUCACAGACACUCAGUCUGAGAGUGUUUCCCCUCUCCUCUGAGCCCACCGUGCCCCGUCUACUCCUGCCUGUUAUCUUUUUUACGAGGCCCAUUUGUGGUCUGCAGCCUCACAUCCAUGUGUGUGACUGAGCUUAUCGGACAACCAUCUGUCCAACCAGAGACGUUUAUAUCUAGCUGUGAUUUAUCAGCAGCUUUAAUAGCAACAGAAUCCUAAAACCGUGAUUUAAUGUGAACACUUUGUCUGGUUUUACAUCAGUUCUGAUUGAGUAUUUCAUUCCUAGGAGUCUUUACCAUGGGAUACACUAUAAAACUAACUGAGUACUAAAUUUCUAUCACCUUUAUCUUUUGAACUGUACAUGUGGAACAACCUAAUAAAUUGCGUUACCUCUACAAACAAAAAUACUGGUUCCUCUGCACUGUCUGUGCCUCUAAUGUCUGUCUGUCCCUCUGUCUGUCCCUUUACAAGCCCAGCUCGUAGUGGAGGCUGAUACCUUCGGUAGCCAGGUGAGAAUCCGGGGCAAGGAAACAAAUUUCUACCUGUGCAUGAACCGCCGCGGCAAACUUGUAGGAAAGGUAAGACUUCAUUCCUUGGUCACACUUUGUAUCAAGGUGGUUGUAAUAAGUUGUAGUUAAUAUGUAAUAAGUCAUAAUGAGACCAUAUUAGAGUCUUAUUAACACAAAUAAGUCUUUUUAAGUGUUAAUAGAGGGAUAAUAAAUACCUUUAUUUUAAGACACUUAUAUGUACUAAUUACAAACGUAUUAAUUGUUUAUAUACUGUCAUAAACUCAACUCAACUUUAUUUAUAGAGCACUUUAAAUACAAACAAAGCUGACACAAAGUGCUGUACAUAAUAACAUAAAAACAUAAAACAACAAUAAAUAGUUGUUUUCAAAUAUAAUAAAAAGCAAUAAAAAAACAAUUAAACAAAUGUCAUCUCAAGUUGGGUCAAAAGCCAAGGAAAAAAAACAUUAAUAAGAUGUUUGUUUACAUUAGUUACGAUUCAUAAGGAAAUAUAAAAGCCUUAUAAUACUUUGUUAUGCACUUAUUGUACCUACUCCUCUGCAGGUACUGGAUCUAAAGUAGGAACACUGCUUACAAAGAUUAAUAAAUACUUUGUUAUUAACCCUUUUUGUGUUAAUAAGAAUCUAAUAAGGUCUUAUAAUGUCUUAUAAGUCAGUUAUUACAUAUUAAUUACGACUUAUUACAACCACCUUUAUAUAAAGUGUUACCCAUUCCUUUAGGGUUAUGUUAACCAAGAGUAUCGUCCAGUUUCCUGACCAGCCUCUCUUUGUUUUUUCCUCCAAUCUGCCUGUGUUUGUGUGUGUUUGUGUGUGUGUGUGUGUGUGUGUGUGUGUGUGUGUGUGUGUGUGUGUGUGUGUGUGUGUGUGUGUGUGUGUGUGUGUCUGGGAUCCCUGUGGUUUCUCUGCUCUCUCAGAAGGCCAGUAAUCGAAGCGCUGACUGCGUCUUUGUGGAAAAGGUCCUGGAGAACCACUACACAGCCCUGAUGUCAGCACGCUACACAGGCUGGUAUGUGGGCUUCACUAAAAGAGGCCGCCCUCGCCGCGGCCCACACACACUCCCCAACCAGCAAGACGUGCACUUCAUGAAGCGUUUUCCGCCAGGGGAGCAGCCUGACCUCACCACACCGUUCCGCUUCACCACCAUCAGCAAGCGAGGCAAGAGGGUUCGUGCUACCGGACCUCGCUAG